AUGUGCCUGGAGCCUGUGAGGGAUGAGGAGCCUGCCCAAGUCUUCCCAGAAGGACCACAAAGGCACCAUCCUUCAGAGGUUUCUGCCAGGCAGUUUUUGAAUAAACGUAUCCACUACAUGCAAAACCUAAGGAAAGAGAAGAAGAAAUUGGGAAAGAGGUUUGCAAGGCCUAACCCUGUUCCAGAUCCAGGAAUCAUGUCUAGUCAGCAACUGUCUCCUGAUGAGAACAUGGAGUUUGAUCUCUGA